AUGCCUAUCCAGAAGAUUCACGCUCGCCAGAUCUGGGACUCGCGCGGUAACCCCACCGUCGAGGUCGAUGUUACCACCGAGAAGGGCCUCUUCCGCGCUGCCGUUCCCUCGGGCGCGUCGACCGGUGUUCAUGAGGCUGUCGAGCUCCGCGACGGCGACAAGUCCAAGUAUCUCGGCAAGGGCGUCCACAAGGCCGUUGCCAACGUCAACGACGUGAUCGCCCCUAAGCUCAUCGAGGCCAACCUUGACAUCACCAACCAGGAGGCCGUCGACAACUUCCUCAUCCAGCUUGACGGCACCCCCAACAAGGGCAAGCUCGGCGCCAACGCUAUCCUCGGUGUCUCGAUGGCCGUUGCCAAGGCUGCCGCCGCCCAGAAGGGCGUCCCCCUCUACGUCCACUUCGCCGAGCUCGCUGGCGUCAAGGCUCCCUACAUCCUCCCCGUCCCGGCCAUGAACGUCAUCAACGGCGGCUCGCACGCCGGCAACGCCCUUGCCUUCCAGGAGUUCAUGCUCCUCCCCACCGGCGCCGCCGACUUUGACGAGGCGAUGCAGAUGGGCACCGAGACCUACCACACCCUCAAGAACGUCAUCAAGAAGAAGUACGGCAUCGACGCGACCAACGUCGGUGACGAGGGAGGCUUUGCGCCCAACGUCCAGGGCGCCGAGGAGUCGCUCGACCUCCUCACCGAGGCCAUCGAGAAGGCGGGCUACACCGGCAAGGUCCAGAUCGGUCUUGACGUUGCCUCGUCCGAGUUCUACAAGGACGGCAAGUACGACCUCGACUUCAAGAACCCCAACUCGGACUCGUCCAAGUGGCUCACUGGCCAGCAGCUCGCCGAGGUCUACAACAACCUCGUCGAGAAGUACGACAUUGUCUCGAUUGAGGACCCCUUCGACCAGGACGACUGGGAGGCGUGGACUCACUUGACGCAGAACACCAAGAUCCAGAUCGUCGGUGACGACCUGACUGUCACGAACCCCAAGCGUAUCCAGACCGCCAUCGAGAAGAAGGCUUGCAACGGCUUGCUCCUCAAGGUCAACCAGAUCGGCUCGAUCACCGAGUCUAUCAAGGCUACGCAGCUCGCUUCCUCCGACGGUUGGGGCACGAUGUGCUCCCACCGCUCGGGCGAGACUGAGGACACCACUAUCGCCGACCUCGUCGUCGGUCUCGGCACCGGCCAGAUCAAGACUGGCGCGCCCUGCCGUUCGGAGCGUGUUGCCAAGUACAACCAGCUCAUCCGCAUCGCCGACGAGAUCAAGCAGGCUGGUGGCCAGGUCCGCUACGCCGGCGCCGACGGCCUCUCGCGCGGCCCCAACGCUGCUCCCCUCUCGCGCAAGUAA